CAAACGACCCCUAAAUGAAAACCUUUUGAGAAGGAAAAACACAUGUCAUCUUCCCCUUGUUGUUCAAUAACAAAAAGGAAAGCUGCUCUUCAUUUCUCUCUGUAACAACAACAACAAUUCUUCUUUCUCUCGCUCUUUACAGAAACUAUUUUCCAGGUAUUAAGGUGAUUCAUAAUGUUUGGACGGGGUGCAAGGAGGAGUGACAACUCCAAGUACUAUGAGGUUCUUGGUGUUUCGAAAAAUUCUAGUCAAGAUGAACUUAAAAAGGCAUACAGAAAAUCUGCUAUAAAGAAUCAUCCUGACAAGGGUGGGGACCCAGAAAAAUUCAAGGAGUUGGCUCAAGCAUAUGAAGUUCUAAGUGAUCCAGAGAAGAGAGAACUUUAUGACCAGUAUGGUGAAGAUGCCCUUAAAGAAGGAAUGGGUGGUGGUGGUGGUGGUGGUCACAACCCAUUUGACAUUUUUGAGUCCUUCUUUGGUGGAGGUUUUGGUGGAGCUUUUGGCGGUGGUGGUAGCUUCAGAGGCAGCAGAAAGAAACAAGGAGAAGAUGUAGUGCACACUCUAAGGGUUUCUCUGGAAGACUUGUACAAUGGCGCAGCAAAAAAGCUCUCUCUUUCACGGAACAUAUUGUGCCCAAAGUGUAAAGGGAAUGGUUCAAAGAGUGGAGCCUCUGGAAGAUGUUACGGAUGUCAAGGUACUGGAAUGCGUGUUACAACAAGACAAAUAGCUCCAGGCAUGAUUCAACAGAUGCAACAUGUUUGUCCCGAGUGUCGAGGCUCAGGAGAGGUUAUAAGUGACAAGGAUAGGUGUCCUCAGUGCAAGGGAAACAAAAUUACACAAGAAAAGAAAGUACUGGAAGUGAAUGUUGAGAAAGGGAUGCAACAUGGUCAGAAGAUCGUUUUUGACGGGGCAGCUGAUGAAGCUCCAGAUACGGUCACCGGCAACGUCAUUUUUGUAUUACAACAGAAGGAUCACUCAAAGUUCAAGCGGAAGUCUGAUGAUCUUUAUGUGGAACACAAACUCAGUUUGACAGAAGCUCUCUGUGGCUUUCAGUUUGUCGUGACUCAUCUGGAUGGUAGGCAGCUUCUGAUCAAAUCUAGCCCUGGAGAAGUUAUAAAGCCUGAUCAAUAUAAGGCAAUAAAUAAUGAAGGAAUGCCCCAUUACGGAAGGUCAUUUAUUAAGGAUCGGCUUUAUAUCCAUUUUAAUGUGGAAUUUCCAGAAUCUGGAAUUCUUUCGCCGGAGAAAUGCCGUGCUCUUGAGGCUAUUCUGCCACCUGGACCAGGGAAGCGGUCAUCUGAUAUGGAAUUGGACAAUUGUGAGGAAACCACUAUGCAUGAUGUCAACAUGGAGGAAGAAAUCAGGCGCAAGGAGCAGCAACGCAGACGAAAGGCUUAUUAUGAUACAGAUGAUGAUGAGCCAAACGUACAUCGUGUGGGUUGUAACCAACAGUAAAAUUUCCAGAUAGUGGUAUUUUGGUUAGUCCCAUUUUUGUCUAUGCUCGGUUGGCUGUUUUGGUUAGGAAUUAACUGUGGCUUUCUUUUUGGUUCUUCUUCAGAUUGUUAUGUUGGUCUCAAUGCUGUAGGUUUUUUUUGGUCCUAAA